AUGGGUCGAAAGCCCAGUAAUGUGUACGACUUCUUUGUCCGUCUCGAGCCCGAAGCAGACCACAAAGGACUCGUCCGCUACCAAUGCAAGAAGUGCGACAAGCAGUACGCGAGCAACGCCACGCGCCUCGCCGAGCACCUCAAGAUGUCGUGCGCGCCUGGUUUCCAGACCAACCAGCGGACGCGAAAAGCGACGACCGACGCGGGUGGUCCGCUUUCAGCUGGAGCCAUACACCCGACGCACGAAGCUGCCCAGCACGAGCCCCACAAUAACAGCAAUAACGACGACGAGGCGAUCAAAGAGAUUGAGGGAGCGGUUGCGACCAUAACGUCGCUCCCUGUUCCACGAUCCGACGCUUACGUUGCUGCUGGCGUCGAGACGGCGCAGUCGCUGGCGCUUCGACGAUCGGACCACCAGCUGCUCACUAAUAUGUUGGAGUCGGAAAACGAGCCACCGCAAGACAGCACCGAAGUGCUAUUGCGCCUGGCCAAGCUCUCGACUUGUGUGAUUGCAGACGCAAUGGCUCAGAUGAAGCUGGACGGGUACUUGGUGGACGUCGGCCUCGUGCGAGGGUACGAUGCGCCGUUGGCCAUGAACAUUUGUGGACCUGCAUUCACUGUCGAGGUGAUGCCGCUCACCGGAGCGCUGGUCCAUAGUAGCUCGUGCGACUACAUCGAUACGGUCGAAAUGGGCCACGUGGUGGUCAUAAGUGCACCGGAAAAGAGCACGACGGCCGUGUUUGGUGCCUUGUUGGCCACUGCGUCCAAAGCACGCAACGCUGCGGGUGUUGUGACGAACGGACGCGUGCGAAACGUGCGCGAGUUGUGCGCCAUGAGCUUUCCUGCGUUUGCCACCGCAACGUCAGUGCAUGGCGAGAAGGGGGCGACUACGGUCACGCAAGUGAACAGCACUAUCCUCGUUGCUGGGUGCGUCGUGCGGCCAAACGAUAUCAUCCGCGGCGAUCUGAACGGCGUCCUUGUGAUUCCAGCGGACCGCGCGCAGGACAUUGCAACGCGGGCCGAGAUGAUUGAAGACCAAGACAGUAAAGUCAUGGCAGCACUGCAGGACGGCGAGCCGCUGCACCGCUUUCGCACGUCGAGGGACGUGUGA